AUUAUAAAGCAAUAUAUGGUCAUUUGCGAGCUUACCUCAUAUAAAAAACCCUACUCUUACUUAAACUGCCGCUCUUCACCUGGUUUUCCAGUUUUCGUCUGCAUCUAUUUUCCAGUUGAGAUGAGCCCGAUAAAGAAGGGGAAGGAAAACCGCCUGCGAGAGAUAGAGGUGCUCAUCAUCUCCGCCCAGGAUCUGAAGAACGUGAAGCACGUGACGAAGAUGCGGGCGUACGCCGUGGUGUACGUGGAGCACGAGCACGUGGCGAAGACCCACGUGGACGAGGACGGGGGCGUGAAUCCGACGUGGAACGAGAAGCUGACAGUGAAGUUCCGAGAAGGGCUGCCGGAGACGGACGUGAUGGCGGCACUGAACGUGGACAUAUACGCGCACGGUCACGUGAGGGAGAAGCCGGUGGGGAGCGCGCGCGUGCUGCUGUGCGACGUACUGAAGGAGGGAGACGCGUCAGAGCCGGUCGAUAACCCGAUACAGUGCCUGACGUUACAGGUGAGGAGGGCGUCUGGUAGGCCCCAGGGGCUGCUGAACCUGUGGGUCCCACCUACAGGGAGGUUUAUGCAGAGGAGGGAGUCUUUGUCGUUUAAUGUGAAGGAUGAGGUGGAGGUGGAAGUGGGAGAUGACGUGGCGGUGGAUGAGAAGGUUGCAUGAUAGGAUUUUGCUAUUUUUAGUUUUAGUUGCUUUUUCUUCCCUUGUUCUUGUAAUUCGAUACCGUAGUAAGGUAUGAAAUGACUGUAUUUCUGA